AAGUAUGGUCCCCACUUAGUGACAUUCCCUAAUUUCCACAAAAAGCUCUUUAUGCUCUUUCUAUUUCUUUUUGACAAAUUCUACAAAUGUAUAUCUAGAGAGACAGACACACAACUCAUACUAGAAGACACAGAAGAUACAUAGCAAAUUAAGCUUCUUUUGCUUCACUUUCUCUUUCUCUCUGUAAGAGUUAUUUUAAUCUUUGAAGCAAUGAUCAGAUGUGUAAGCUUAAGAAUUGGCUGGACAAUUUUCACACUCUUUGUAUGUAUUCUAAUAAGUCUUCUUGUUCUUCUUCUGCAACGGCCUCAUCCACACAAGAAUUGCAAUUUAUUCAGAGGAAGUUGGAUUAGAGAUGAAACUAAUAAUUAUCCUCUCUAUAAUUCAACUCACUGCCCUUUCAUUGAACAUGAAUUCAACUGCCAGAGAAAUGGUCGUCCAGACAAAGAUUACCUUAAAUACAGAUGGAAACCCCAUGGUUGUUCCUUAACAAGAUUUGAUGGACGAGCAUUCUUGAGGAAAUUCAAAGGAAAAAGCAUAAUGUUUGUGGGAGAUUCACUCAGUAGGAACCAGUGGCAGUCACUUGUAUGCCUUCUUUACACAUCACAGUCAAGAGCCAAUUAUAAUGCAACUAGAGUUGGCAAUGUUUCCAUUUUCACCUUUUUGGAUUUUGGAGUGCAAGUGAUGUUAGACCGGACUGUGUAUUUGGUGGAUGUUGUGAUGCAAGCAAAGGGCAGAAUCUUAAAACUAGACUCAAUUGAAGGUGGCAAGUUAUGGAAAGGAAUUGAUAUGCUAAUCUUCAACACUUGGCAUUGGUGGAAUCGCAGAGGAAUCAGUCAACCAUGGGAUUAUAUUCAAAUAGGAAGCAAAUACUACAAAGACAUGGAUCGUAUGGUUGCUUUCGAGAGAGCCCUGAUUACAUGGGCCAAGUGGAUCGACACCAACAUUGAUCCUUCAAAACAAUUGGUUUUCUUUCAAGGAGUUUCACCAUCACAUUACAAUGGUACCGAUUGGAGUCAACCAGGCGUGAGAAGCUGCUCGGGGCAGAGUCGACCGCUAAGCGGAUCGUCGUAUCCGGCAGGUCUACCACCAGCAUUGGCAGUGCAAAAAAAUGUAUUGAGGACAAUUAAGAAGCCAGUGACAUUGCUUGAUGUGACAGCCCUUUCUUUAUUACGUAAAGAUGGACAUCCUUCAAUUUAUGGGAUGAGUGGAAGUACAGGAAUGGAUUGUACCCAUUGGUGCCUAGCAGGAGUACCUGAUACUUGGAAUGAAUUACUCUAUAACCUUAUUCUUUAAUUUGGCUCCUAUUUACCUCGUUAAUAUUGUCGAGCACUUAAAUUGAACCACAGAAAAAUGAAAAAAAUUCAUUAUUGUCAAUGAGAAUAUACGUUAGAAGUUGAGAAUAUAAUAGAGCGCUACAGUUUCUUGACAA